AUGGAAUUAAAUAAAGGAAAUGCUACGCUUAACGACUUUUCAGGGACUGACAAACAAGCAAUUACAAAAAAAAAAGCUAGGCUCACCGACUUUUCAGGGACUGGCUCACCGACUUUUCAGGUACUGGUUAAGCGAUUAAAUAAAGGAAAUGCUACGCUUGACGACUUUUCAGGGACUGACAAGCAAGCAAUUACAAAAAAAAAGCUAAUGGAAUUAAAUAAAGGGAAUGCUACGCUUGACGACUUUUCAGGGACUGACAAGCAAGCAAUUACAAAAAAAAAAGCUAGGCUCGCCGACUUUUCAGGGACUGGCUAA